UAAUGUCAUUAGUCACAUUGAAGUUUACUGAUAUAUGCUUUUUUGGUUGACAAUCAGUCAAUCACAGCCUUCAUAUGAAUAUGUAUAAGGAGCUAAGUCUUCAAAUUUGUUUGCCAUGACUUUGAAAGCAUUGGCAGAACUAUCAGAGAACUUUCUACAUUACCUGGUCCUAAGUGUAUUCUGUGUGGCCUAGGUUCUUUAGUACUUUCAGUAGCCAAGCUAUCCCUGUGAAACAGAGAAUUAAUUGGCAUUCUUCUUCUGUGAAACAUAUUCAAGCAGGGAUGCAACUAGACACCUUGGCUACUUUGAGCAUUGGCAGCAAUGGGAAUCUGGAGCUCGUAGAUGGGAAACAGAGUUCUGUCUGGUCAGCCAAUAUAUCUAAUUGUUCAUCAGCAGUUCUCUUAGAUAAUGGAAACUUCAUUGUCAAAGAUGGUAUGGGAGCUGAUUUGUGGGUGAGUUUCAAUGAUCCUAGUGACACACAUCUGCCAAGAAUGUUGCUGGGAUAUGAUAGCGGUUCUGGAAAACGGAAUUUCUUGACAUCUUGGAAAAGUGAAAAUGAUCCAUCACCAGGCCUAUUCUUGGUUGGACUGUCAGAAGAGUUACCGGCACAAUUGUAUAUUUGGACUAAUGGAUCUACUCCCCACUGGAGAAGUGGGCCAUGGGAUAAAUCAAGGUUUAUUGGUAUACCCACAUCGAAUUCUGACACUUCUCCGUAUCUAAAUCCAUGGACUCUUGUUGAUAAUGUGCCCCAGGGAACAAGGUAUUUAUCUUACAGUUUUGACAAAAUUCCUGGUGCGAAUGUUUUUACAUAUGCUGACAUAUCUUCCGAAGGUAUACUGAGGUUUUUGUUUUCAGAAAUUGGCAAGAACUGGUAUCUUGCGUGGAAGUCAUGGAACAACCCAUGCGAUAAUUAUGGCGCCUGUGGACCUUUUGGGGUUUGCAAAGCUUAUGAAUCUCCUAUCUGCAAGUGUUUGAAAGGGUUUAUACCCAAGUCAAAUAAGGAAUGGAGUAAAAGAAACUGGACCGGAGGUUGUGUGAGACGAAGGAACUUGUCUUGUGAGACCAACACAAAUGAAUCAAUCUCAUCAAAAGGAAAAGAUGGGUUUUCGAAGUUGGAAAGAUUGAAAUUACCCAAUUUUCAUGAAUAUUUGGGUUCUGUGGCUCUAGACAAGUUCGAGGACUGCAAGACACGGUGCCUGAGUAAUUGUUCUUGCCUGGCUUAUGCUUAUGUUGAUAACAUAGGGUGUUUGGUGUGGUUCAAAGACCUUUUUGAUAUGCAGCAGUUUACAGCUUUUGGAGAAGAUCUUUACGUUCGCCUAGCACACUCAGAACUAGUUGAAGGAAAGCCGACAAAGUUAAUUGCAAGCCUUACAACUAUUGGAUUUUUGAGCAUCUUGGUUGCUAUAAUCUUCUGUUUGCACAGGUGGCGUGCUAACCAAAAGCGACACGUUGAAUUAAUAGCACGACGCUUGGAAUCAACUAGUAGGAUUCAGAUUCAUAGAGACGGUCUUCGAGAUUAUAUAGGAAAGCAUGAUUUCUCGGAGCUAAAGAUAUAUGAUUUUGAUAACAUACUAAUCGCCACAGACAACUUCAGCAUCACAAACAAACUUGGGCAAGGAGGCUUUGGCCCAGUUUAUAAGGGGAUGCUACCAGAAGGGAUGGAAAUAGCAGUAAAAAGACUAUCUAGUAGCUCAAGACAAGGUGUCGAAGAGUUCAAGAAUGAGAUGCGGUUGAUCUCCAAUCUUCAACACAAAAACCUUGUUAGGAUGAUGGGUUGCUGUGUUAAAGAGGAUGAGAAGUUACUAAUUUACGAGUUCAUGGCAAACAAAAGCUUGGAUACUUUUCUAUAUGAUCCGACGAAGAGAGCAAUGCUUAAUUGGGCUACACGCUUUAAUAUUAUUCAGGGUGUUGCUAGAGGGCUUCUUUAUCUCCAUCAUGAUUCCUAUGUGAAGGUGAUACAUAGAGAUUUAAAAGUCAGUAACAUUCUCCUAGAUGAGAAAAUGAAUCCAAAAAUCUCAGAUUUUGGAUUGGCGCGCAUAGUUGAAGAAACACAUAGUCUAGAUAAUACUCAAAAGGUUGUUGGAACACGUGGCUAUAUGUCUCCAGAGUAUGCCAUGGGUGGGAUAUUUUCUGAAAAAUCUGAUGUCUACAGCUUCGGGGUCCUGGUGUUAGAGAUUAUUAGCGGUAAGAAGAAUGUCAGCUUCUAUUGCUAUGACCAACAACUAGGCUUCCUUGCCUAUGUAUGGAAGUUAUGGAAUGAAGGCAGGGCAUUGGAGUUAGUAGAUGAAGUAUUGGGUGAUUCAUAUUCCUCAUCCGAAGUAAUGACAUGCGUGCAUGUUGGGCUUCUUUGUGUACAAGACAAUGCUCCGGAUAGACCAACCAUGACAGAUGUAGCUUCAAUUCUAAGUAGCGAGAAAGAUGGUCCACAUCCAAAGAGGCCUGUAUUCACUAUCCAAAACUCAGUUUAUCAUCUUGGAUCAUCCUAUGAAAAUACAAAUUCCUCCAUAAAUGAAGCUAGCAUUACAAUGAUUGGAGGACGUUAAGCGACAACAAAUUGGCACAUCACAAGGCCUUUUGGUCAUUCUCAAGGGGUUCUUAUACAUACGGGUAAAGCUUUGGUAUAUUAACAUUUCUCAUACAUCAACUAGUUUUACCACUUUAAGGACUCACGUUACCACUUUGAGGACUAAUAUUACUAUUUUGAGGACUCAUAUGGUAAACUAAGAAAAUUUACCACUUUAAGGACUCAUGUUACCACUUUGAGGACUAAUAUUACUAUUUUGAUGACUCAUUUUACUACUUUUAAGGCAAUUGUAUGCAUGUUAUACGUUAACGCAUUGUAUAAUUUUCCUAUACAUAUUGAAGGUUUUCUAUUUGGUAGUAUAUGAAGGUUUUUUUAGUUAAUGUAAUA